CAGCUUGUCACAUGGUACAAGGCUGUUGUGAAUAGCCUUGUACCAUGUGACCUCUGUGAUCAUUCACAGAUUUCACACGUAGUAAGCAAUGAUGUCACAAGUGACAUCUUGCUUACUACUUUGCAUGUGAUCACUGAUUCGUCAAUCAGUGAUCACAUGACCGGGACCUCGUACAGAGGUCCCGUCCGACGAUCGGUGUUUCACUAACUGAGUGAGCUGUGAUUGGUCACAGCUUGUCACAUGGUACAAGGCUUUUGUGAAUAGCCUUGUACCAUGUGACCUCUGUGAUCAUUCACAGAU